ACUCCAUAAAAACCUCACCACUUCUUCCUCUUCCUUCUUCCCUUUUCUUCAACAGCCAAAAUCUCUCUUUCUCUCUCUCGAUCUCGAUCGAUGAAGAUAAAGUGCGACGUCUGCGAGAAAGAGGAAGCGUCGGUGUUCUGCACCGCCGACGAAGCCUCUAUCUGCUCCAUCUGCGACCACAGAGUCCACCACGCUAACAAGCUCGCCUCAAAACACCUUCGCUUCUCUCUCCUUCAGUCCUCUUCUCCUCCUCUCUGCGACAUCUGCCAGGAGAAGAGAGCGUUCUUGUUCUGUCAGCAAGACAGGGCGAUUCUGUGCAAAGACUGCGACACUCCGAUCCACGCGGCUAAUGAACACACCAAGAAACACGACAGGUUCCUUCUUACAGGGAUCAAGCUCUCAUCAGAGUCAUGUCCGUACAAACCCACAUCUGGUUCUUCACCUUCUUCUGCUACAACCCAUGACUGCUCUGUUCCUGGUUCAUCAAUCUCGAAUCCUCCAAUCAAGAAACCUGUGUCAGCACAACAGAUCAAAUCCAGUAUCCACUCUUCUCUGAACAAACCCCAGCCACAGUUAGAGAAACCGGCGGUUCCGGCACAGGAAGCUGCGGUGGCGGUGGCACCGGCGAGCAAGAACGGCGGCGAUGAUGCGGCGGCGAAUCAAUCGGGAUGUACGAGCACGAUAUCGGAGUAUCUGAUUGAGAUGUUACCUGGAUGGCAUGUCGAAGAUCUUCUCGAUUCUUCUGUUCCUCCAUUUGGUUUCUACAAGAAUGAUGAUGGGAUGUUGCCAUAUAUGGAAGGAGAAAUCAACAACAACAGCAGAAGCUUUGGGUCAGUUCCAUCAGAGAAUUUGGGGAUUUGGGUCCCUCAGAUUCCUCAAACAAUGGCUUCAUCACACCAAAACCAGUACCACUCUCAUGGCUCCAACGGCAACACACAGAUCGGGAUGUUCAAAGAAGCUGUUUGCUCUUAUGUCCCAACACCAAACAUGAAACAACAACAACAAGGAGGAGGAGGAGGACAGAACAAGAGAUGUUUUGAUGAUGGUGGAUUCACUGUCCCUCAGAUCCCUUCCCCUCGGCACAAUAACAAGAAAUCUAGAUCCCUCUGGUAGUUUCUCCUCUUCCGGGUUUUGCUCUUUUGUCACCAAUUUCAAUUUUUUCAAUCAAAGUUUCAAUCUUUGCGAUAGGCUUAGAGCUUUUGUUUGCAGACUUUUUGUCUUCUGUACAUAUGGUGAAAUUGAUGUUUGUUGUUUGCUUUUUUCAUUUUCAUUA